AUGCCGAUACCGACGACCAUCUCGACGUGCACGCCGGAGACGGAGCAGGGCAAGCAUGUGUUUCGCAUCGUCGGGUACAGCCAGCAGAGUGGCCUCAUCAGAUCCGCCAUCUUCACCGUCGGCGGGCAUGGCUGGGUAGUUUCCUUGUGUCCUGAUACUAUGGGCCAAGAGUUGAAUGCUGUUUGGGUACUGGUUUCGCUCGGGUUCAAGGGAACCAGCAAGGUGCGGGCAUCCUUCGGGCUGAAGUUGGUUGACCAGUGCACUGGGGUAUCCUUCUCGGUGCAUAAGGGGGCACCGAUGACGUUCAGUCCCGACGGUACCAGAGAGACAUUCCUUAUGAAAAAACGGAGCAUGUUCGAGUCGCCGAAUUACCUUCGUGACGACUGCCUCACGAUCGAAUGUGUUGUCUCUCUUACCAAUGGGCGACGGUUAACUGAAGCCACGCCAUUACCAAGAAUUGAAGUACCGCCUCCUGACAUCACAGAGCAUUUUGCCAAGCUGCUGGAAAUAGAGGAAGGAGUAGAUGUCACUUUCAGUGUAGGUGGAGUCAUGUUCAAGGCCCACAAGAUGGUGCUUGCCGCGCGGUCGCCCGUCUUCAGAGCAGAGCUCUAUGGGCCUAUGAGGGAGGAAGGAAGGAAGGCCAUAGUCAUCGAGGAUGUGCAGCCAGAUGUUUUCAGGGCCUUUCUCCAUUUCAUCUAUAGCGACUCUUUGCCUCCUUUGGAUGAUCUGAGUGCAGAUGACUAUGGUGAAAUGAUCCGUCACUUGCUUGUGGCUGCGGAUCGAUAUGCCAUGGAGAGGCUAAAGCUGAUGUGCCAAAGCAUCCUUUGUGAAAGUCUGGAUGUGCAGACAGUGGCAACCACAUUGGCAUUAGCUGAUCAACAUCACUGUCAUAAGCUUAAGGAUGCUUGCAUUGAAUUUAUGACAAAUAUGAUGGACACAGUGGUGGCAACCCAAGGUUACAAGAAUCUGAAAAGAACUUGCCCAUCUGUUGCAUUUGAAGCAUUGGAGAAGACAAAAAGGAUUCGUAAAGCAUGA